AAAAAAAUCUUUGAACGCAACGUACACGCUUCGCUUGUGCAAACGGUAGGGCGGAUAAGUGUUGCGCGAGUUUAAUGGUUUUUUCGCUGCACAAAAACCAUUUUCCCAUGCAGUUUUAACAUAUUUUUAUAAAUUUUAACAAAUCGACGCAAUUUCAACGUAAAGAAAUGCAGUUCAUGUGAUAUGUCUGAGCAGUGGAAAGAGCACGCGAAGAGUCACGCGUGUGUGUGUUAAAAUUGUUGAAGGCAAAACCGAAAAUCCAAAAACGAAUACGAAUUCAACGACGAGGCAAAGUCAAAAACGAAGCAAAGUGCAAAACGGGCAUUACAAAAAAAAAAAUAAAAAUAAAAAAUUAGCACUUGGAAAUGAACAAAAGGAAGCAUGAGACGAGCAAAUUUCAUAUUAUACAAAAAGUGUAAAAUUCGUUAAAAGUGUAUUUAAAAUGCCCAAAAAGUGAAAAUCCAACAACAACAAACGCGAACGCGAAUGCAACAGUAGUUGAACACACACACACACACACACGCAUACUCAUACUCAUACUUGUGUUGGUCGGACUCAGUGUGGCCAAGCAGCAAGCAGAACGAAUAUAUCGUUGUAUUGUAGUCACCUCUCACUUGCAUAUUUCUUCUUUUGUUUUGUUCGGUUUUUGUCGUACGCGCCUUACGUUUAUGUUAUUGUUGUUGUGUUGUGUGUGAGACGCGCGCGUUGGGCAAGGACGACGACGCCAUCUAUUGGAGCCAACAAAUCAUUUGACAGUGCUGAUCAUUUUGUUUUACACAAAGGAGGGGGGCCGAGGAAGGUGGCUGAGCUGUUAACAGCGUGUCAACAGCUGUAAAGCUGACGUUGACGGCUGCCGCUAAACAACCAUGGAUACAUUUCGCAAGUGGCUCAAUAAACCCAAGGCUGAUGACAAAUCGCUGCUGGCACGCUUCUACCAUGCCGAUCGUUCGCUGACCGCCGUCGCCAGUGAGCUGGACAGCUUCGAUGGACGCGCCGAGCCGGAUCGUUGUACGCGUCUCGUCAGCAGACUGCGUCAAAAUCAGGACAAAGUGCUGGCCAUUACGAACAUGAUAAUGGAGGAGCUGCUGGGCGAAGAUCGUGAUCCGCGCGCUUUUCGCGCCAAAUUUCCCGAGGAGGUGCUGCAAGAGAAUCUGGCCGGUCAGCUGUGGUUUGGCGCCGAGUGCCUCGCCGCCGGCUCAUCGAUCCUGAAUCGCGAGUCGGAGAGCAAAGAGAUGCGUCCACUGGCCCAGGCCGUUACCAAGAGUCUGGGUCAUGUGCGUGUCCUGCUGCGCGAUCAAUGUCUGCGCAACAAUGUGCCCAACAGCAAGACGCUGCACUUGGACUUCAACGACUCGAACACGGAGCAGCUGUACGAGAGCCUCAAGAUAUUCGAUCAUCUGUUCGCCGAAUUCGAGCUGAGCUAUGUGAGUGCCAUGGUGCAGGUGAAGUCUCGACACGAGUACGAGAUGCAGCAGUGGAUUGGCGUCCUCUUCUCGGAGACGCUGCAGCGUUCCCUCAAGGUCGGUCUGCUCGAUCAGGACAUGGUGGACGCUUUCGAUCCGGGUCUAAUGUUCUCUAUACCGCGAUUGGCAAUUGUUGCCGGGCUCGUCGUCUAUGCGAAGGGGCCGCUGAACAUGGACAUGCCGGGCGAUCAACUGUCGGAGAUGUUCCGUCCAUUUCGCACGAUCCUCAUCAAGAUCAGGGAUCUGUUGCGCAACCUAAGCAAACAGGAGCUGUAUCAGCUGGAGAAACUCCUCUGCACCAAUGAGGAUAUCAACACGAAGGUGCCUUUGGGCUCCAGCAGCAUUGAGGCGCCUAGUCCUGAGCACAACAAUAGCAGCAGCACCACCAACACCAGUAACAACAACAAUAACAAUACUAACAAUAACAACAGCAGCAGUGGCAGUGACUGCACUAAUAAUGAUAAAACCGGCACAACAACAAACACACACAAGCCCGUAGAGCGUCUGGUGGAUCACCGCAACAACAAUACCACCAAUAGCCAGCAGACAAGCAGCUGCAGUGUGAAUGCAGCUGCAACCACACCGGCAACAAGCAGUCGCACUCGCACUCCUCCGUCCAUAUUGUCGCCAUCGGCGGGCAGCACGCCGACAGCAUCGCCAGCGCCAUCGCCGACGCCGUCGCACUCAAUUGCGUCCACGUCGUCGGCGGCGACAACUUCGACAAAUUCGCCAGCCCAUUGGAGCGAUUAUGACGAUGAUGAUGAGGAUGAUGAUGAUGAUGACGUGCAUGCCGAUGUGGAAGAGGAUGAGGAUGAGUCGGGCAUUUUGGAUAGCGAUGAGCAUGACUUAAAUGAUGACAGUGAUAGCGAAGUGGAUGAGUUCUUUGAGGCACAGCUAAAGGCUAUUGUGGCAGCCGUCGAUUGUGCACCUGGCUAUCUAAUACCGGAUUGUGCCUCUGGCUAUUUAAUAUCAAACACAAAUCUGGGCAAUCUGCUGCAGCCGCAACAGGUGCCACUCACGGACAACUUCGUGGCCAGCGAAGACGAUGAGCUUGGCAAUCCCACUGCAGUCGAUCAGCAGCAGCAGCCACAACAACAACUAGAACACCAUCAGCAACAGCUGCAGCAGCAACAACAUACAGAAGAUGAGCCCAGCACAAGCGCUGCUAUGUUGGCCGCCAGACGCACUUUGCAGCGUCUCCGUUUGCCCAGCAGCAGCAGCGACAAUGAGCCCAGCAGCAAUAAUCAGCAGAUGACAAUCAAAUCACCCAGCGAGCAGACAACAACGCGCAGCAGCAGUAAUCGCCAUCGGCAUCACAGUCACCAUCAUCAUCAUCAUCAUCACAGUCACCAUCAUCACCACCAUCAGCCAACAGCAGCAGUAGCAGUAGCAGCAGCACAGGACGAGCAGCACAAUAACAAUCAACCUCACAGUCAUAGUCACAGCAGCAGUCAUCACCAUCAUCAUAAUCAUCAGUCGCAUUCGCAUCCACAUCGUGCAAAUCGCAGCACUCGCAAGCGCUGCAGCCAGGAGCACUGCGAGACCAUCACAACAACAAAAACAACAUCCGGAGGAGAGCAACAGACGGAAGACAGCUUGGAUUCGAGCACCGCCUCCUCACUCUCCGAUGAUGUCUCGCUGGCCAUGCGGAACACCACGGCGCGUCUCAAGUUUAAGAGUACUGAGAAUCUGCUGCAUCGUCUGUUCGUUUGCAUUGCUGGCGUCGCCGAUCAACUGCAGACAAAUUUUGCCUCUGAUCUGCGCCAGAUAUUGCGCAGUGUGUUCCUUAUGAACAUGUCCUCGGCCCAGGAGGACAUCGACAUACCCGAAAAGACAAAGGAAUCGGAACUAUUCGAGUUUCGCGCCUCGGAAAACGAUGUGAUACAAGAGAGUGCCGGCUCCAAUCAAAGCAUUUAUUCCGCCGAGGAGGUCAAUCCCGAGCUGGACAAUGUGUUCAACACCAAUACGGGCACCAACGGAGCACGUCACUCUGCUGGCGCAACAAUGCAGCGCAACAAUACCAUUGAUCUGGCGACGGUGCAAAGCAGCAACAGUGGCAACAGUAGCUCCUCCAACAGCAGCAGCAGCUCCUCUGCGGCACGCAGCCAUGUGGCGCGUAGUCGUAGUUUGGGCGAUCACGAUCAGGCUUCGACCAGCAGCUCGCAGCAGCAACAGCGAGAGCUGCAAUUGCAGUUGCAGCAACAGCAGCAGCAGCAGGCGCAGAUGCAGCAACAAUUGCAGCGUCACCGCAACAAUUCCGUUGGCAGCAAUUCACCAUCGAGCGCCUCAUCGACUAGUUCCAACUCGGAGCACAAUUCACCGGUGAGCACGCGCAGUGGCAGUCGUCGCCGUUUGCCUAGCAACACAACCACCACACUGUCGACGUCCAUUGGCACAGCAGCAACGACACCAACGGGAGCAACAACAACUGGAGUAACAACAACAACAACAAUGUCACCACCUGCCUGGAUACCCGAUGGCAAGGCGCCACGUUGCAUGUCCUGCCAGACACCGUUCACAGUGGUACGGCGACGUCAUCACUGCCGCAACUGUGGCGGCGUCUUCUGUGGCGUCUGCUCCAAUGCCUCGGCACCGCUACCCAAAUACGGCCUAACCAAAGCGGUGCGCGUCUGUCGCGAAUGCUUCAUGCGCGAAGUGCGUCAGAGCCACAGUCAUGGUCAGAGUCAGAGUCAGAUUCAUAGCCCCACACAGCAGGCAGGCGGUAGGCCGCAGGCAGCAAGCGCCUCUUAGGAUUGGCCGCUGGCGCUGGCUGGCAGGCGCAGAGCAGUGAGACCAAAAACGUGCCCAACCGUUGACCAAAUCCAAAUGGAUGGAAAACAAGAAAACUGUGAAUCGCAAUCGUUAUUCAAAAUUAUUUUUUCAACAUUUUUUUUAAUGCGCAAACCAAACAAAAGAUUUUUUAAUUCCUCGACAAAACGGCACAGUUCUCCCAAAUGCAGCAAUUAUCAAUCGAUUCGCUUACACAUGAAAAUGAUCCCUUUUCGAAAUUAAAUCUUAUUCACUUAAAAACACAAACUGACCAACUCUGAGUGUCGUAUCAAAACUGUACAAUAAAAUACUUUGACUUCGAUCUAUGUAUGUAUUAUAUACGCAACUGUUCAUCUAGCUAUAUACCA